CUCAAUUGAUUCAUUUACAAGUAUUAUUAAAGAAGUACCAUAUAUAAUAAGCAAAGAGACACUCUCACUCUCUCUACUCCUCUCUCUCUCUCUCUGAAUCACUAUCUCUUCUGCGAGUUCAAUCACCACAAACUCACAAUCAAAUACAACAGAAACACACUUAAGACCCAUUCAUCUGGAUCUGAACACAUUAUUGAUGGAGGAGAAGUGGAAGCUGUCGAAGAAAGACACAACAGCUUCUUCUUCCUCCUCUAAGUCAAAGUUUUCUAGAAGCUUCUCAACGAGUGCUUCCUCCACAAAGUCUCCAAUAUUCGUAAGGAGUUCCUCUACUAAAUGCUCUGUUCCUUCUUCCUCCUCGUCCUCUUCUUCUUCCUCUUCAAUCUCAAGAAGCUUCUCAAGAAAAGAGAGAAGAUCUUCUUCUUCAUCAUCUUCUUCUAUCACUCAGAAAUAUAGCAGCUUGGCUAAAGAACAGAAGGCAAGGUUUUACAUCAUGAGAAGGUGUGUGGCUAUGCUUGUUUGUUGGCACAAACAUGGAGAUUCUUAAUUAGAUCUUCAUCUUCUUCUGCCCCUUUUUUUUUGUUUCCUUGUAAUUAGAUCAGUUUGAUUAUUAAGGGUUUCCAUACAAGUACAUUGUAAGAAGAGUUUUUGUUUAAAAAAUUAGGGUUUCUAUGCUCAUUUUUUUCAAUUAAAUGACUUGCAUAUGCUACAUAUAUACACAAUCAUAGACAUGUGUGUGUAUGUAUCAUUGAUGCAAUCAUAGGAAUUGUUGAUGUCGUUGUUUAGAUUAUAAAUAUUAAUAGAUGAUACCUUAACUUCUUAAGGAUUAAUUAGUGUAUCAUGAAGUACAGUGUUUUUGUUGAGAUUUACACUGAAUAGUCAUUUUCAAGGUCUCUGGAAAAAGUAGUGAAACAAUUUAAC